UAUCAUAUAAUUACCAUGAUAAACAUGAACUGCGCUCUUUGGUACAUAAACUCAAGAGCAAUAAAAACCGCAUCUUUCUCAUUGGCUUAUUGUUUCAGAAAGGAAGUAAUGAAAGAUUGUUCAGCAUCAGUAAUAUCGAAAUAUAGAUUUCUUUGGCUAAAUCUAAGUGAGCUUUUGCAAUCUUUGGGGAAUGCCUAUGCUAGAACAUAUUCGACAUUAUGUAUAUUUAUAUUUGUUAAUAUUGUUAUAGCCGUAUAUGGAGCAUUUGCAGAAAUUAUGGACCAUAAACAUGAUUAUAAUAUAUCGUAUAAGGAAGCAGGAUUAAUAGUAGAUGUAAUAUAUUGUUGCACAUUGCUUUUUAUUUUUUGCGAUUGUUCCCAUAAAGCAACACUUGGAGUCGCUAAAGGAGUGCAAAAAACAUUGUUAUCAAUUGAUCUACUUCAUGCGGAUUUAAAAGCCAAAAAGGAAAUCGAUAUAUUUAUUGUUGCAAUUGAAAUGAAUCCUGCCAUUGUUAGUUUAAAGGGAUACGUUACUGUAAACCGAGAGCUGCUUUCUUCGUCAAUUGCAACAAUUACUGUAUACCUUCUUGUUCUAAUACAGUUUAAAUUUUCAUUGGACAAAGGACAAUUGUAG